CGUUUCCUUCCCUCACCCUUCUACUUUCUUUCAGUCGCGACACCAUACGCUUCCAUUGGGGCACGCAGGCAACUGCACUGUUUCCAUGCUGGAUCACUUAACUGGACCGCUCAUUGUUACACCGAGCAAUGUUCAUGAUAGUGUCCAGCAAUGGUUACCAAAAUCAGACCCGGAUGAGUACAAACGCUCAUGCUUUUGCGCAACGGCUUCCUAUCAAUGAUGUGGCUCUACUUGAUCCACCUUCCAGCAGUUUGUCCAUCGAGGUAGGAAUGCCGCUUGCGCUUUAGUGAUGACUUGG